CCACUCUUUUGUUGAUUCCCCUGUACUGUUGUUUACUCUGUUCAACAAUGGCAACUUCAAAAUUCAAUCUUGCUUUGUCCCUCGCCAUUCUCUCAAUGUGGGCCAUCGAUGCCGCCCACCACCAUGCGACGGCGCCGUCUCCUUCCGUGGACUGCUCCACUCUGAUUCUCAACAUGGCGGAUUGUUUGUCGUUCGUGUCGAGUGGGAGCAAGGAUACGAAGCCCGUGGGGUCGUGCUGUUCCGGGUUGAAAACCGUGUUGAAAUCCGGACCCGAAUGCUUGUGCGAGGCUUUUAAGAGCAGCGCUUCUUUGGGUGUUACUUUGAAUGUCACAAAGGCCAUGACUUUGCCCGCUGCUUGCAAAGUCUCUGCCCCUUCUGCCACUAACUGUGCAUUGUCUCCUGCUGGUGCUCCAGGUAUGUCACCAUCAGCAAUAGCAGGUGCGCCGGAAUCAUUCUCAGGAGGAGCAACUGUGGCGGCGCCGGCACCGGCUCCCGGAAGCUCAGGCUCUCCGGUCCUUACUGUCUCAAUCGGAUCUCUUAUCUUAGACCUCGUAGUUAUGUUAACCUCUAGCUACUAAGCUAUAUGUUAUGGUGUUUAAUUAGUUUACCCUUUGGUUUCUAUGCUGGGUUGGAAUAGUAGAUAUCAUUGAUAUGGUGACGAGCUUUUGGACUCAUCCUUUAGAGUAUUUUAGUAUGAUAUUCAGAACUCGUAGUGUGUAUGGAUCUGCCAUUAAAUAUAUCUACGGUUUUGAAUUCAUA